CGUGGUGCUAGACCUGAUGGAGAGCGACCUUCACCAGAUCAUCCACUCCUCCCAGCCCCUCACGCUGGAACACGUCCGAUACUUCCUCUACCAGCUGCUCCGGGGCCUCAAGUACAUCCACUCAGCCAACGUCAUCCACCGGGACCUGAAGCCCAGCAACCUGCUUAUCAACGAGAACUGCGAGCUGAAGAUCGGCGAUUUCGGCAUGGCCCGGGGGCUGUGCACCAAGCCGGACGAGUACAAGUACUUCAUGAUGGAAUACGUGGCCACGCGGUGGUACCGGGCCCCGGAGCUGAUGCUGUCCCUUCACGAGUACACGCAGGCCAUCGACAUGUGGUCCGUCGGCUGCAUCUUCGCUGAGAUGCUGGGCCGCAAGCAGCUCUUCCCCGGGAAGAAUUACAUCCACCAGCUGCAGCUGAUCAUGACGGUGCUGGGCACCCCGUCCGCCAAGGUGAUCCACGCCAUCGGGGCCGACCGGGUGCGCGCCUACAUCCAGAGCCUGCCCUCCCGCCAGCCGGUGCCCUGGGAGAGCCUCUACCAGCAGGCCGACCGCUCGGCCUUGGCGUUGCUGGACAAGAUGCUGCGCUUCGACCCCCGGGAGUGGAUCGCCGUGGCCGAGGCCCUCAAGCACCCCUUCGUGGCCAAGUACCCCGACCCGGACGACAAGCCCGACUGCGUGCCCGCCUUCGAUUUCGACUUUGACAAGCAGGUCCUCACCAAAGAGCGCAUCAAGGAGGCCAUCGUGGCCAAGAUCUGCAACUUCCAUGCGUGCUGCGAAGGGAUCUGCUGGCAGAUCCGUUUCAAGCCUGCCCUCCGGCCGGCCGCUGCUGCCGCCGCCUCCUUGCACUGCCAGGAUGUGGACAUGCGGCGCUCAAGGCUGCGCUGCUGAAGUCGGCUCUGAGCAAUAAGAACAAAGGUGAAAGGCUGGAAUGCCUGGGUUGUGUCCUCCUCUCUGGGCGGGGAGUGGAGUCUAGU